UGCAAUAAUGCUUUAUUCAUGGCCACCGCGGUGUCUUCCACUUCUCUCAGGACUCUGCGAUUCAAAUUCAACAACCUCUCUCCAAUUUCGCCGGCAAAUGGCUUCCUACGCCUGCGCACAACCUCACGCUGCGGCGCCGCCAGAUGGUCCAUGUUCGUCAAGACUCCCCCCGCUCUCAAAGAUGGAGUCUUGACCUUCAACGGCAGGGACACGCUUCUGGGCGUGCCGGAGAAUGUCCUGCUCACGCCUUGCUCUGAUUCAGCCGCCUUCUUGGGCGCCCUUUCCUCUCAGACCACCUCUAGACAUGUCUUCAAGCUCGGUCUUAUUCAAGAAGCGAGAUUGUUGUCUCUGUUUAGGUUCAAGAUAUGGUGGAUGAUACCGCGAGUGGGGAGUUCAGGAAAGGACAUUCCUGCUGAAACGCAGAUGUUGCUGCUGGAGGCAAGGGAAGAGCCAAAUGUUGCAGAUCCUGAUGGAAAUACAGCUUAUGUGCUGUUUCUGCCUAUAUUAGAUGGAGAAUUCAGGAGCAGCCUGCAGGGGAACUUAGCUAAUGAGCUAGAAGUUUGUGUCGAAACUGGCGACUCUACCAAAAAUGGACCUGGGGCUUCCAGAGCAGUUUUAGUGAACUAUGGAAGCAACCCCUUCGAAUUAAUCAAGGAAUCUAUGAAGAUUCUGCAAAAGUACAGUGGAACAUUUGCUCUUAGAGAGACUAAGCAGUUGCCUGGGAUGCUUGAUUGGUUUGGUUGGUGCACUUGGGAUGCUUUUUAUCAAGAUGUAAAUCCCCAAGGAAUCAGAGAUGGGCUGAAAAGCUUAUCUGAGGGUGGCACUCCAGCGAGGUUUUUAAUCAUUGAUGAUGGAUGGCAAGAUACAGCCAAUGAGUUCCAAAAGUUGGGAGAGCCUCUCCGAGAAGGGUCACAGUUUGGUGCAAGGUUGAUGAGUAUAAGAGAAAAUGAGAAGUUUAGGAAGGCAUCAAAUUAUGAUUCAAGCAGCAAGCCGCGUAGUUUAAAGGACUUUGUUUCUGAUAUAAAGGAAACUUUUGGCCUCAAGUAUGUAUAUGUAUGGCACGCAUUAAUGGGAUACUGGGGUGGACUUCAUCCAAAUUGUCCCGGAACUCAGAAAUACAAUCCGACAGUAAAGUUCCCAAAGCAAUCGAUAGGAAAUCUUGCACAUCGCAGGGAUAUAGCCAUGGACCGUAUGGAGGAGUAUGGUGUUGGUAUGGUUGAUCCAGAAAGGAUAUUUGAGUUUUAUGACGACCUGCACAGCUAUCUCGUGUCACAGGACGUGGAUGGAGUUAAGGUGGAUGUGCAAAAUAUACUGGAAACACUAGCCACGGGUUCAGGAGGUCGAGUUUCGCUUGCUAGAAUUUUUCAUCAAUCUCUCGAGAAGUCCAUAUCUAACAACUUCCAAGACAAUAGUAUAAUAUGUUGCAUGGCUCAGAGUAACGAUUCUCUUUACAGUGCAAAUACGAGUGCCAUUACCCGUGCAUCGGAUGAUUAUUACCCCAAUAACCCGACUACACAGACACUGCAUAUAGCUGCUGUAGCUUUCAACAGUUUACUCUUUGGUGAAGUAUUCGUCCCAGAUUGGGAUAUGUUCUAUAGCCUCCAUGAUUCAGCUGAGUUUCAUGCAAUUGCUCGUGCGGUUGGUGGUUGUGGUGUCUAUGUGAGUGACAAACCUGGAAAGCAUGAUUUCGAGAUACUAAAAAGGCUUGUGCUGCCUGAUGGAGGUGUGUUGAGGGCGAAGUAUCCUGGAAGGCCUUCCCGUGACUGCUUAUUUGUCGAUCCUGUUAUGGAUGGGAAAAGCCUUAUGAAGAUAUGGAACCACAACAAAUUUUGUGGAGUGCUUGCUGUGUUCAACUGCCAAGGAGCAGGAGCCUGGCCUGGUCUGGAAAACACCGUUCAACGAGAUGGCCUCGAGCUGACUGGGGACAUAUCUCCAGCCGAUAUAGAGUAUCUCACAGAAAUCGAUCUGCAGCCACAGACUGGAGACUUUGCAGUCUUUUCUUUCAAAUCAGGUUUCCUCUUUCGAGUUUCACUCCAUGGAAAGCUGACUAUGAAGCUGAAAACCUUGCAAUGUGAUGUAUUCACAGUGUCUCCAAUCAAGUCGUACAAUGAAGAUCUCCAGUUCGCCCCACUUGGUUUGAUAAACAUGUACAACUCAGGAGGGGCCAUUGAUGCAGUUGAGGCUAUCAACGACCCUUCGUUCAACAAAAUACGAAUCAGAGGAAGAGGAGAAGGUGUUUUCGGAGCCUAUAUGAGUUCGGAACCUAAGGUUUGCUAUGUGAACAUGGAAGAGGUACAGUUUAACUUUAGCAGUGAAGAGCACUUUUUGACAGUUAUUGUUCCAAUUGGAACAACUUCAUGGGAGAUAGAUAUUCAUCAUUGAGAUCCAUUUUUUCUUUACAAUUCUUCAAAAAUACUGCAGCAAAUAUUAACUAUUGUUAUAGUUGUAGUAAAUCAUCCAAGUUGUACAGUUCUUAAUUUGCUUGAGCUCUGUACUAGUAUAUAAUUUAUGACUUGGAUUAUUUAUUCUAUUGCUGAUUUAUUUGGGUA